CUCAUGAGAAGCUGAGGAAAGGAACCAGAUGGGAUUGGGUGGAAUACCCUGGUGGCUUUGAGGGCUGCAGAGGUAGGGCAGUUCCUACUUGCAUGCUGGGUACUUGAGGGGAAUGCUUGGAGUAUGAAGGAAGUACUGCAUGGUUUCUCAAAGCCAGGCUCAUCUCUUGUUCACCUGGGGUUGUAAAUGCAUGGGUGCAUGUAUACAUGUGUGCAUACCUGCACGCAUACCUGUGUGCCUGUGUGUGUACACACACGCAUACUUGAGUUUCUCAGCAGCCUGCCAGCCUUCCGUGGACAUGGAUCCUGUGGUCCCUUGUUGAGAUCUAAGGUUCUGAACCAGCUGGGGAUGGAGAGCAGGUACAGGAGGAGUCUAACACCUGGCCCAGGGCCCUUUGACAACUGCUUUCCUUGUCUUUCAGCCCAUGAGGCUCCCAGUCCCCUCUGAGUGCCACCCUGAAGGAUGUCCCAGCUCUCCUCCACCCUGAAGCGCUACACAGAAUCGGCCCGCUACACAGAUGCCCCUUACGCCAAAUCAGGCUACGGCACCUACACCCCCUCCACGUAUGGGGCCAACCUCACUGCCUCCUUCCUGGAGAAGGAGAAGCUUGGUUUCAAGCCGGGCCCCCCCUCCAGCUUCCUCACCCGACCCCGAACCUAUGGCCCCUCCUCCAUCCUGGACUAUGACCGGGGGCGCCCCCUACUGAGACCCGACAUCGGGGGUAGUAAGCGGGCAGAGAGCCAGACACGGGGCACUGAGUGGGCUUCAGGGAGUGGACUCAGCGGGGGCAGUGGAUUAACUUAUGGAGUGACCAGCAACUCCCUCAGCUACAUGCCUGUGAAUGCUCGUGACCAGGGGAUAACCCUGUCCCAGAAGAAAUCAAACAGCCACUCAGACCUGGUCCGGGAUUUCUCCAGCCUUCGGACCUCAGAUAGCUACCGGAUAGACCCAGGGAACUUGGGCCGGAGCCCCAUGCUGGCCCGCACGCGCAAGGAGCUGUGUGCUCUGCAGGGCCUAUACCAGGCAGCCAGCCGCUCCGAGUACCUGGCCGACUAUCUGGAGAACUAUGGUCGCAAGGGCAGUGCACCUCAGGUGCCCACCCAGGCUCCUCCCUCCCGAGUCCCUGAAGUCCUCAGCCCUACCUUCCGACCCAGUGGCCGCUAUACUCUGUGGGAGAAGGCCAAGAGCCAGACCCCUGGGCCCAGCCGCUCCAGCUCCCCAGGGCGAGACACCAUGAAUUCUAAGAGCGCCCAGGGUCUGGCUGGUCUUCGAAACCUUGGGAACACGUGCUUCAUGAACUCGAUUCUGCAGUGCCUGAGCAACACCCGGGAGCUACGAGAUUAUUGCCUCCAGAGGCUCUACCUACGGGAUCUCAGCCACAGCAGCAGUGCGCACACAGCCCUCAUGGAAGAGUUUGCAAAACUAAUCCAGACCAUAUGGACGUCAUCCCCCAAUGAUGUGGUGAGCCCAUCUGAGUUCAAGACCCAGAUUCAGAGAUACGCACCGCGCUUCGUUGGCUAUAAUCAGCAGGAUGCUCAGGAGUUCCUUCGCUUUCUUCUGGAUGGGCUCCACAAUGAGGUGAACCGAGUAACAGUGAGGCCUAAGUCCAACCCUGAGAACCUCGAUCGUCUUCCUGAUGAUGAGAAAGGGAGACAGAUGUGGAGGAAAUACCUAGAACGAGAAGACAGUCGCAUUGGUGACCUCUUUGUGGGACAGCUGAAGAGCUCCCUGACGUGUACUGAGUGCGGUUACUGUUCCACAGUCUUUGACCCCUUCUGGGACCUCUCACUGCCCAUCGCUAAGCGAGGUUACCCUGAGGUGACGUUAAUGGACUGCAUGAGGCUCUUCACCAAAGAGGAUGUGCUUGAUGGAGAUGAAAAGCCAACAUGCUGUCGCUGCGGAGCCAGAAAACGAUGUAUAAAGAAGUUCUCCAUCCAGAGGUUCCCAAAGAUCUUGGUGCUCCAUCUGAAGCGGUUCUCCGAAUCCAGGAUACGAACCAGCAAGCUCACAACGUUUGUGAGUUUCCCGCUAAGAGACCUGGACCUGAGAGAAUUUGCCUCUGAAAACACCAACCACGCUGUUUACAACCUGUAUGCUGUGUCCAAUCACUCUGGAACCACCAUGGGUGGCCAUUAUACAGCCUACUGCCGGAGUCCUGGGACAGGCGAAUGGCACACUUUCAAUGACUCCAGCGUCACACCUAUGUCCUCCAGCCAAGUGCGCACCAGCGACGCCUACUUGCUCUUCUAUGAACUGGCCAGUCCACCCUCCCGUAUGUAGCAGCAAGGAGCUACAUCACUUUCUCUCCCUCCCCCAUGGUGGCCCUACACCCUAAGUUUUUUAAAAAGACCAAAAAAAAAAAAAAAAAAACCUGACAAAUGAGAGAGAAAUAAACUAAAAUAAAGCUGCCGAGCAGGAGUUGAUGCAGCCUCGUCAGGGUUGGAGCAAGGAGCCAGGUGCUCCUGAGCCAUGGCCUGGCGGGGAAGAUCCACAGGACACAGAGACCAGUCAGUAUGGUGCUCCCUCGGCUUCUCUUGUUGUCAUUAUUUAAGCUUGUGGUUUUUUCCUGUGUGUAAUAAACAACAGCAGUCUGUGGGGAGAAGAUCCUCGUCCACUUGCUGCAGUCUCCAGUUCCCGCGCCUCCUGAGAAGACUGCGCCCUCUGGAGCCUGACGAGAGGAUCGCUGCCUGGAAAUGCUGGCUCCGGCGGGCCCCUGUCUUCACCUGGACUGUGCUUACUGGUCCAGAAGCAAGAAAAACACAUGAGCCAAGAGCCCUCUUAACGCUGCUAACUCUAGGGAGACAGACUAGGGGACAUCUUUGAAACAAGCUCUUUGGUUUUCAAAAGUCCAUUUUUUUUUUUUAUUACCAUAACUAAAGUUCUCAGACUGGAGAUGCUCUCCUUCACACCUCUUCACAGCUGGGAAGUUGUGCUGGUAUUUUUUUUUUUUUCUCUUUUUUAAUCCUUCAGAUAAAACUUUCUAAUGCUAGCCCCCAGUGGUGCUAGGUGGGUAUUGGCCAGGCCCCAAGCACAGCCACAGUAGACCUGGGAUCUAACAAGGUUUUUUGUUUUUAAUGUUUUAGAUGGAAUAUAGUUGCCUCCAAAAAU